UGUUAGUGUGUGCGGGGUGUGUCAGCAGCACCUGUACAUAAUGAAGCUGCGAUGUCAUUUGGUUGUGAGAGACUUCUGAACUGCGGUUGUGCUGGAAGAAAAGUGACUACACAAUGGAAUCAUCAGACAAGCUGAUUAAGGCCAACACCACCUUCUGUCUGGAUCUGUUCAAACAGCUGAGUGAUCUCGAUAAGACAGCAAAUGUCUUCUUCUCCCCUGUUAGCAUCUCCUCAGCUUUGGCUAUGGUGUUGUUGGGAGCGAAAGGCAACACAGCCUCACAGAUGUCAGAGGUCCUCAGAUUCAUGGAGGCAAAGAAACUUCUGCCUGAAGGAGGGCAAUUCAUGCAGCAGAUGCAGCAGGCCUGCAGCCAAGUGCCACUGCAUGUGCUGAAGAGUAUGAAAAGCCAGGGCCAACAGGACGACGUCCACGCAAUGUUCAGCCAACUACUGAAAGAGCUCAACAAGCCAGAUGCUCAGUACGUCCUCAGUGUUGCCAACAGGCUGUACGGGGAGCAGACCUUCGCGUUUGAGAAGGAUUUCUUAAAGGAAACGAAAAAGCACUACAAGUCAGAGAUGGAGACGGUGGACUUCAAAACCAGCUUUGAGAUUGCAAGGGUCAACAUCAACACCUGGGUGGAGGAGCAGACACAAGAUAAAAUUAAGGAUUUGCUGCCCGAGGGCGCGUUGAGCAGCCUGACCAGGCUGGUGCUGGUCAAUGCCAUCUACUUCAAAGGUGACUGGAACAAACAGUUUAAGGAGGAUGCCACAAGAGAUGCUCAGUUUAGACUCAACAAGACUGACACAAAACCAGUGAAGAUGAUGUAUCAGAAAACUAAGUUCCCAAUGAACGUGGUCACUGAAUUCAACCUCAAGGUCCUGGAGUUGCCUUACAAAGGGAAGGAGCUCAGCAUGUUCAUCUUUCUACCCAUGGAUAUAGAGGACAGUUCAACUGGUCUGGAGAAGCUUGAGAAGGUUCUGACCUAUGACACCUUCAUGAAGUGGACUCACCCUGAAGUGAUGGAUGAAGAUGAGGUCCAGGUGGGUCUGCCUCGCUUCAAGCUGCUGGAGACCUAUGACAUGAAGAGAGUCCUGGUCAGUAUGGGCAUGGUUGACGCCUUUGAUGUGACACUGAGUGACUUGGCAGGCAUGUCUACUGCCAGUGACCUGGUGCUGUCAAACGUCAUCCACAAGGCUUUUGUGGAGGUCAAUGAGGAGGGAACUGAGGCUGCUGCCGCCACUGCAGUGACUAUUGGGGUGACUUCUUUUCGGCCUAGCGCCAACUUCAUCGCAGACCAUCCCUUCCUCUUCUUCAUCCGCCAUAACGAGUCCAUGAGUGUUCUGUUUGCUGGUCGCUUCUGCUCCCCUGAAUCUGAUUCAGCAAAGUGUGAUGAGGAUUUUGAUUUCUUAGAGAAAACCAAGAAGCACUACAACGCGGAGCUGAAGGCUGUGGACUUCAAAAACAACUAUGAGGCAGCAAGGGUCGCCAUCAACACCUGGGUGGAGAGUCAGACACAAGGUAAAAUUAAGGAUUUGCUGGCUGAAGGCAUGGUGAACGACAUGUCCAAGCUGGUGCUGGUCAAUGCCAUCUACUUCAAAAGUAAAUGGUUGCAGCAGUUUAAGGAGAGUGAAACAACAGAUGCUCAGUUCAGGAUCAACAAGAAGGAAACUAAGCCAGUGAAGAUGAUGCACCUGAACAAUUUGUUUCAAAUGCACUUUGUUGCUGAAUUCAACUUCCAGAUCCUGGAGUUGCCUUACGAAGGGAAGAAGCUCAGCAUGCUCAUCUUUCUGCCCAUGGGUAUAGAGGACAAUUCAACUGGUCUGGAGAAGCUGGAGAAGCUGCUAACAUACAACACAUUUAUGGAGUGGACUUCCCCUGACAGGAUGUCUCUGUAUGAUGUCGACUUGAGUCUGCCUCGGUUCAAGGUGGAGGAGAAGUAUGACAUGAAGGAUGUCCUGGUCAGCAUGGGCAUGGUGGAUGCCUUUGAUAUGGCCAUGUGUGACCUUUCAGGCAUGUCUCAUACCAAUGACCUGUUCCUGUCAAAAGUUGUCCACAAGGCUUUUGUGGGCAUCAACGAGGAGGGAACUGAGGCUGCUGGAGCCAGUGCUAUUGUCGUUGUAAAUAGCUGUGGGCCUAAAGCCACUUUCAUCGCAGACCAUCCCUUCCUCUUCUUCAUCCGCCACAAUGCCACCAGGAGCGUUCUGUUUGCUGGCCGCUUCUGCUCCCCUAACUGAGCACUACAUUGUUUAAUCCGAGUUUAAACUCAUCGCAAGUUAUUGCUCUUUAUUUUCAACACCAGGAUGAUGAAUACUUCUGUACUCCAGCUUCUUGUCCGUAUUACUUCAUUUAUUGCUUCUUAUACUCUUUUGUCUAUUCAAGACAACAUGAAAUCACAUGAUGAGAUGAGUCCUGGUUGUUUAUGUAAAGUCAGGGUACAUGUAUUUGUAACACCAUGCAUUAUAACGAA